AUUUAAAUAUUCGUGAAGCAAAAUAUACGAAACCAAACUCAACAUAAAAAAUUUAAUAUUUCGAUAAUAUAAAAAAUGAUUAUCGAUAGUAAAAUAUCGAUUGUAUAAAUCUAUUUGUAAGCAUAUUGAAUAAUCGAUUAAUGUGCCGAUAAAACCUUGUUUAAAAUGUAAUAUACACGUGUACUUUUCUUAAUUCUUAAUUUAUAUAAAAACAAAAAACAAAUAGUACAGAAAUUGCAAUGGAUAAUAUAAAUGUGAAUAAAAGUGUUCCACAAGUACAAAUAAGAUUUCUUACUAAACAAAAACAAUAUGCAGUUCCAGAUUUUCCUCUAUCAGUUCAUACAUCUAUUGUAUCAAAUGAAUUAAAUACUCUUAUAAAUGAACUUUUGAAGGAAUCAAGUAAUAUAAAAAAUGAAAUAGAAUUUGAUUUUUUGGUGUGUUCACAAUUUUUACGUACUUCGUUGAUUGAACAUAUAACAGAAAAAAAUAUUUCUACAGAGGAUGUAAUAAGUAUUGAAUAUGUUGAAAAGUAUCCACCACCCGAACCUCAAGAUUGUCUUAUACAUGAUGAUUGGGUAUCUGCUAUUGCUGUUUGUGAGAAAUGGAUUCUAACAGGCUGUUAUGAUAAUACAUUACAUAUAUGGACAUGUAAAGGAAAACAUCAUUUGGUAAUUCCUGGACAUACUUCACCAAUUAAAGCAGUUGCAUGGAUAUCCUUGACUAAUGAUACAGCUAGUUUUGUUAGUGCAUCCCAAGAUCAAACAGCUAUAAUAUGGGAUUGGAAUAUUAUGGAAAAUUCAGUAGACUGUAUUCAUGUAUGCAGAGGACAUGAACGUGGACUAGAAGCUGUUAAUAUUAAUUAUGACAAGACAAUAAUGGCAACUGGAGCAUGGGAUACAAUGCUUAAAAUCUGGUCUACAGCUAAUCAAGAUGAAAAUGAAGAUGGUGAAUCUACUUCAAAGAGAUUAAAAUCAGAACAUGGAAAAACAAGGAUACCUAAAAGAACAAUGAAAGGUCACAAAGAAGCUAUUAGUGGUGUAGUAUGGUCAGAUAAAAUAGAAAUUAUAACAUCUUCAUGGGAUCAUACAAUAAAAAUAUGGGAUUCAGAAUUAGGAGGAAUUAAACAUGAAUUGACUGGAAAUAAAAGUUUCUUUGAUCUUGAUUAUUCUCCAUUAAGCCACACUAUUAUAACAGCAUCAGCCGAUAGGCAUAUCAGAUUAUAUGAUCCAAGAUCUACAGAGGGAUCAUUGGAGCAUAUGAUAAUGAUAUGAAACUGUGGGACACUAGAAGUCCCAAAGCACCAUUAUUUGAUCUUUCUGGACAUGAAGAUAAAAUAUUAUGUUGUAAUUGGUCAAAUCCUAAAUUCAUGGUAUCUGGAGGUGCAGACAACACCGUAAGAAUAUUUAAAUCGAAACAUACUGUUCAUUAAUAACAAAUUAUUUUAUACCUUUUACAUAUAAUAGAGAAAUGAAAUUUUCUGUAUAGCAAAUUUUUAAGGAUAAGUUUUUUUUACAAUUUUCAUAUUUAUUAUACUCUAAAUCAAGCAUUGUAAUCAUUUAAAUUAAAUAGAAAAUUUAAUGUUUUACUGUUGUGAAACAUUGAAUCAUAAAAUUAUUGUAUUCAUUGUAAAAUAAUCAAAAGAAUUAAAAAUUUUAAUUGCAAUAACAUAAUUUGAAAUAAAUUAUAUAAAUACAAAUUAAGAUGAUAAAGAAAUUACAAAUAUUUUCAUAUAAAUAAAUACAUUUAUAAAAUUAGAAAGACAAAAAGAAUAUUGUAUGGCCUAAGAAAAAGCUCUUGGCAUCAAAUCAAAAUUCGUAUUGUUUUUAUUUCAAUAAGUUUUUUUACGUCGUGUUGCUUCUUUUUAAUGUUACCCUUGUAUUUUACAUUAUUAUAAAACCAUCACUUAAUUGACAAAAGAGAUCUAGUAAUCAUUCUUAUACAUUGCCAUCACUUCGAUUUAAAUUUUUUUCUUCGCGUUUUUUUUUUUUUUUUUUUUUUUUUUUUUUUUUUUUUUUUUUAAGAAUUUUGAAUUAUCUUCAUUGCGCAUAAAUUAAGAGCAUUUACUCAAAAUAGUACAAAUCGCAUCAGCGUGUAAAAUAUUAAAUGCAUUAAGAAAAAAUAUUUUUCAUUACCAAAAAUCGAACAUAGCAUAUUAAUUUUUUAUAAUCUUAUUACUUCGCAGAAAACAAUUCUAUUAUCGAUUAAUAGAGGCGGACGCUGAAUGUUUUAUUACAGAAUUAAUUAGGAUAAUGUGGGGGGCUUAUUGUUUUAAUAUUACUUACAAAGGAUAAAUGUUGUUUAAUCUAUUGCACAUGCUAUUACUACAAAUUAAUAAGUAUAAUUUCAUUAACUAAAAUUUAAUUGAGAAGAACAUAGUAUUUGUUUUUUUCUUAAUCUUUUCUACUUUUUAUUUUUUUUAAUUUGUUAAGUUCACUCUUUCAGUUCUGGAAAAUAUCAAAAAACGGUCUCACGAUUUUAUCAUUUUAUCAUUUUCAACAUUGAAAAAGGCAUAUACAAUAGUUGUUACUUGAUUCGAUAGAAGGCAUAUAUUUUUUUAGUGUUGGAAUAUGUGUAAAUACAGUCACUGCUUUUGUACGAGAGUAAGUUUAUUUUACAGACUUUACAUUUCGUUUAUUCGUUCGCAAAAAUGAUCGUUCACGCUUUAACACAAAGGAAAAAAAACGAAAAUUAAUGUGUAUAUUUCUAUUAAAAAUUCAAUGAAAGAGAAGUAUAAUGAAAAAAGGAUAGAAGAAAAAUAAUAUUUAUAAAAUUUGGGGAUUCACUCUUUAUUGAAGACUAUUCACAAUUGUCCUGCUAUUAAAGAAAACUUAGGAAAGGAAAAGAAAAUGAUUCGAAUAAAUCCCCAAAACAGAUCGUUUAUUGAUCAAAAAUAAGGGAUGAUAAUAAUUAAGAAUUUGAUUCUUUCACUUUGAAUAUACCAAACCAUACUUGUAAGUAACUCUAAAAACUGUUCGGUGCACGCUCUACAUACAAAGUGUAAGAAGUGUGUGACAUUUAGAGCGUGCACACGCAGUGUGCAGUUUACAGUAACAGUGUAUUUCUGCAGUCUGUGUCGUGUCAUAGGCAGAUGGUUUUUUUAAAGUACGCAUUAUAAAUUAUGCAUACAACCUACACACCACACACUCGUUUCGCACUUUCUCUCUCUCUCUCUCUCU